CCUCCGCCGCCGCCAUUCAGUAGCUUGUCGCCGAGCUCCGGGGUUCAGUGAGACAGAACAGGGACGACGAGGUAACAAGGACGACGACUCAUUCAAGCUUCGGCUCGACGAUUGCUGGAACUUCGAACUCCGCGGAUUGUGGCGUGGGCUCGUUGAGAAAGAAGUGUUUCGAAUGAGUAGGAACCAACCGUGGGAUUCAUUCACUACCCCGUCUUACGCGGAGCCUACCCGCCCGUUGAUUGAACAGCACCCCCGUCCACCUCCUCCGGGACCCGUCUAAAUGCUGGACAAGUUCAAGCCCGUGGCCCCUCCGCAGAAGCAGGCGCUCGACUCGAUGGUCAUGGCGGUGAGCAAGACGUCGGCGUGGCUCCGCGAGCAACUGGACGCGCCGCGCCGCGACUGCCUGCUGCUACUCAUGGACUGCCGCGGCCAGGAGCCAUACGAGUCGUCGCACGUCCAGGGAGCCAUCAGCGUCGCCCUGCCCGGCCUCAUGCUGCGCCGCCUCCGCAAGGGUAACCUGCCCGUGCGGGCGCUGCUCGCCGACGGGCCUGACCGUGAGCGGUUCGCGAGGCGUUGCAAGAGCGCCACCAUCGUGCUCUACGAUGAGUACAGCCGCGAGUGGAACGAAAACGUAGACGGCGGCUCCGUGCUGGGGCUCCUGCUGCGCCGCAUGAAGGACGAGGGCUACAAGGCCUUCUACCUGGAGGGUGGCUUCAGCAAGUUCCAAGCCGAGUUCCCCAAUCUGUGCGAGACCAACCUGGACGGGUCAUCUGACAGCAGCCCCCCUUCUACGCAGGUCUUGGGCCUGGGUGGCCUGCGCAUCAGCUCUGACUCAUCAGACAUCGAAUCGGACGUGGACCCGAGCAGCGCCACCGACUCGGACGGCAGCCCUUUGUGCAACCUGCAGCCGUCCUUCCCCGUGGAGAUCCUGCCCCACUUGUAUCUGGGUUGCGCCAAGGACUCCACCAACCUGGACGUGCUGGAGGAGUACGGCAUCAAGUACAUUCUCAACGUCACGCCGAACCUGCCCAACCUCUUCGAGAACGCCGGCGAGUUCAAGUACAAACAGAUCCCCAUCUCGGAUCACUGGAGCCAGAACCUGUCGCAGUUCUUCCCCGAAGCCAUCAACUUUAUCGACGAAGCUCGGGGCCAACACUGUGGCGUGCUGGUGCACUGCCUGGCCGGCAUCAGCCGCUCGGUGACUGUGACGGUGGCCUACCUAAUGCAGAAGUUGCAGCUGUCCAUGAACGAGGCCUACGACAUCGUCAAGACCAAGAAGUCCAACAUUUCACCAAACUUCAACUUCAUGGGUCAGCUGCUGGACUUUGAGCACACGCUGGGCCUCAAGAGCCCGUGCGACAACCGUCUCGCCAGCACCGCCGCCGUUGUCACGCCGCCCGGCGGCCAGCCCCUCUACUUCACCACGCCCACCAACCACAACGUCUUCCAGCUGGACCCCCUGGAGUCCACGUGAGUGGGCGACGACAGCUGAAAUUGUGAAAAUUUGACGACGACCUCGCGUCCUGCUAGGAGUUUUCUGCCAGGCAGCGGUCCCCUGACGUGCAUUCAAACCGGGCCGCCAUUUUGAGUCAUGGACCUAAUCUGACUUUUGAGAUUGUCUUCUAUGAAGACACAAACUGGACACUCUUGUGUAUAUAGUUGUUGAUUAUGCCAAAAAAAAGAAAAACAAUCAUAAAGCAGGAUUUUUCAUCAAGGUGUAAUCUAUUGCAGUGUCUUCCCAACCACAGCUGAGAAAAAUGUCCCGAAAAUAUGUCUCCUGAAAUAAUAUCAAAUUUUCCUCAGUUAUUUACAGUGUGGCUUGCAGGAGUAAAAGAAACAUACGCACACCAAGAGCUUGCGUGCGAGGACCAAUGGAGUCGAAUAAUACGUUCGUUUGGAAAUCACUGCUGUGCAGGCCUUGUUUUUGCACCUCCACUCCCAGCAAAUCAGUCCAGCUGAGGUUGCCUUAUUCAUUUCGCGUCCUCAUGUGACCUUCUAUGGGGACUGAUGUUGGCGUGUGCAUUUGCGUGUGUAUGCGGUAAGGGUCCCAGGAGGCUGCUCUUCUUGGGGAGGGGGAGAAACUGUGAUGAUGAAAUUGUGGAUGUCUCCCUCCCUCCUCCUAUGAAUGUAAAGAUAAGUUAUUAAUAAAUGGAUAUUUUGUCUACGAAA